ACAUAUAUUGCAAAUUGGAUUAAUUAACAAUAUAUUUCAACAAUUUAUAUUUCUAAAGGCUGCAAUUAAGGAAGUAAUUUGUGUUACCCGCUCCUCGGCCAUCGUCAUGUUGCAUGAAACCACAUGAAGAAAUCGCUGUUAAAGCGUUGUUGCUGUUGCUGUUGCCGUUGCUGCUGCUGCCGCUGCUGAUGUUGUUGUUGUCACUAGCAAUUGCCAUAAUUGCCCAAGGAGUCCAAUAACCGCACUGAGCCAUACCCCCACCAAAAUCAACCCAUAUCCUCAACUCCCUCUUCGCACCAAAGCCAAACGAAACUUGCUACACGAGCGAGCUAUCGGCGGCAGGCACAACAAAUCCAGAAAAAUAUUGUAAAAAAAAGGAAAAAAAUCAACUCGAGCAAUCGCUUGAGAUCGGCUGAGCGCCGGAAAAUCCCAAAAAAUAACAACCACAUCAAUUGGAGCCUAAGAUCAAUGAACGCGGCACGCAGCUGCACUGAGGCGUAAACUGAAGAGAUAUAGAGAAGAGGAGAAGAAAAAAAAAAAACAAGGCAAGGCAUUUGAUUUUUGGGCGUCUCACAUUCAAGUUCAAGUUGCCGAGGUGGAGAAGAAAGACAGAGAGCGAGAGGAAGAGAAGCAGGAAGUCCAUUUUGAUUUUGAAAACCAAAAGAAGUCAUUAACAUCUCCUGCUGCUGCAUUGCUCUUAAUCAUAGCUCAAUGUAAAAUGUUAGUGACCACCACCAAUCGACGAUGGAGUCAUCAAAUGCUCACACUGAAUCUCUUAACCAUCACCUUGCUUGUAAUCGUGACUAGGGUCCAUUCACACACAUCUACAACUGCUUCGACAGCUGCCCUGCUCACAGGACAUCAAUUGAUGCCCUGGCAGUUGGUUGCCACAUCAUCACCUAGCCCUCAGUAUACAGCACGCAAUUUGUAUGCUCCAUUUGAAAGCUUCAGCCAACAGGAUGACAUCAGUUUUAAGGAUGUACGUCAACGAGAUGAUGGCACCAUAGUGCAAUCCUUUGGUUCCUAUCGCACAGCUCGCCAAUCUCCGUUGGCGGCCACAGCUCAACGUCGCUCCGAUGCCCCAGCAGUGGAAAUAAUACCAGCACCAUCGGUUGAAUUGCCGCAUGCCGAAUUGAUAACCAUACCAAAGCAAUUGGUGCCCUCCAAACCGGAGAAUGUGAGCCGUCAGGGUAGGCAACGCAAUUAUAUGUAUAUCCCCUUGAUAAAUGGCGGCGAAGCGAAUCCAAAUGGCGAUGCUUUACUCCAAUUGCGUCCAAGUAGAAAUGCCACAUUAUCAUCUCUGGGACCACCAGCCGAUGGUGUGGCAGCUGUGGCCGAAGAAUUCGGCUCCGAGUUGGUUAACUCUGGGCUAGGAGGCGAACGCACCGAGCGUAGUGAUCUGUUGGCUUCGGCCACUUCUACUUCCACAGAUCUGCUGGAGCCAGAGAAUACCAGUCGGAGGGUGGGCUUUCAAUUUCCCAGUUAUAGCUUGAAGCCAGCCACGCCUUUCCAUCCGCAAUCAUAUCGUGAGGACAAUCCCAUUUUUGGUGAAGAUUUGGGACAAACUUUCACCACCAGCGAUGAUGGUGACAAUCAUGAAACACGUCACACGCGGCAACUCUAUUUUGAUUCGGAUGUGUCACCGCCCACAUCAAGUUUUGAAUUUCCUGGCCUAUCCUCCAAUACCAAGCCUCACCCAUUAGCCAAACUCUAUCGCGAUGAGGUAACCAAAUUCGGAGAUAUCAAUGGACCCAUCACGGCAUUGCCCCAGCAGAGACCGCAAAGAGGUUUCUAUUUUGGCGACACAGAGUUUCGUACGGGUCCCCCACCGCCUCCUCGCCAGUUUGGUCCACAAAAGAACUUCCAGGAAUAUGUGGGACCAAGCGAAUAUCAGGGAUCACGCAAGAGUCGCUAUUAUCCCUACAAAUCGUCCAGAAGUCCACGAGUUGUUUUCCCCAGCAAUGAUAAUAUUGGCACUACAGGACCCAGUGGUUCUGGCACAGUUACAGGACCCUCUGGCACUGGCGUCUACUUUAGCGAUAAUCUAGCCUUUAGGGAUCAAAACUUUGGCAUCAAUGAACUGGCUGCUGUGCAGGAUGUGCGCAAUGAUUAUAGUCUACAGGAUUUGGAUAGUGCCUCAGAGGCCACCAGUAGUCCACAAUCGGCAAGCACAUUUAAGGAGAAAGUCGACAUCACCACGGACAUGGAGUGCCAGCAUCGUGGCGGUACUUGCGAAUUCUUUUUAGGCUGCUGGCUUAGCGGUGGCCUAAUACAAGGCACUUGCAAUGGAUUAUUACGCGGCUGUUGUCAUCGCACAGCAAAAUCAGCGAAUUUACGUAGCUCGGAUCAAACGGGUCAAACCUUAAUCGAUUUGACUGAUUUGCCGCAAAAGAAUUUUGGACCAGUUAACAAUGAACCUAGCUGCGGCAUUUCAUUGGCCAAACAGACCGCCCAGCGACGUAUUGUGGGCGGAGAUGAUGCUGGCUUUGGUUCAUUUCCUUGGCAGGCGUAUAUACGCAUUGGAUCUUCUAGAUGUGGCGGCUCUUUGAUUUCACGUCGUCAUGUGGUCACCGCUGGACAUUGCGUUGCUCGCGCCACACCACGUCAAGUUCAUGUCACCCUGGGAGAUUAUGUAAUCAAUUCGGCCGUGGAACCUCUACCCGCCUAUACAUUUGGAGUGCGACGCAUCGAUGUGCAUCCAUACUUUAAAUUUACUCCCCAGGCCGAUAGAUUUGAUGUGUCUGUUUUGACGCUCGAGAGGACAGUGCAUUUCAUGCCCCACAUAGCACCAAUUUGCCUGCCCGAAAAGAAUGAAGACUUUUUGGGUAAAUUUGGUUGGGCUGCCGGUUGGGGUGCCUUGAAUCCAGGCUCACGGCUUAGGCCCAAGACCCUGCAGGCUGUAGAUGUGCCGGUGAUUGAGAAUCGUAUUUGCGAACGUUGGCAUCGUCAGAAUGGCAUCAAUGUGGUCAUCUAUCAGGAGAUGCUGUGUGCUGGCUAUCGAAAUGGUGGCAAAGAUUCCUGUCAAGGUGACUCUGGUGGUCCUCUGAUGCACGAGAAGAAUGGCCGCUGGUAUUUGAUUGGUGUUGUCUCUGCCGGCUAUUCGUGCGCCUCACGUGGCCAGCCUGGCAUCUAUCAUAGUGUUAGUAAAACUGUCGAUUGGGUAUCCUAUGUGGUGGGCCUCACAAUGAAUAUCUAAAGAUCCAUCGAUCCAGCUCCAAUUGCAGCUAGAGUUGCGAUAUUUAAUUUAUAGAUUCAUCGACUAAUCGCACCUGCCUGCUAAGUGGGCUCACCUGCCACUCUAUCCUCUUUACUUCCCCUCUCGUCUUUCGUCUAAACGUUUUGUACAUAUAUAUAAAUCCGUUUCUUCAUUUACUCUUUUUAUUUUCUUCAUCAAUUUGUAUCUGAUUAUUUAUAUAUACGAUGUAACUUGCUUUUUUCGGCAUUAAAAUUAAGCG